UCUCCUUUGGGCUCAUACCAAUUCCGAUCAGACCAGAAAACACCGUCAUCGUAGAAACAGAACUCGAACCAACCGACAACGCCUGGCUCCAAACCAUCAUUGACCACACAAUCGAAUGACCACCACCUAGCUUCGAUCUUCUGCAACGUCAGUCUCCAGAACUGUCCGUGCUCAAGAUGGAUUUCGUGAGCAUUCCUCUCCUGAUCCAAGGUCGCAUCUUUGGGUUGUUGCCUCCCAAGGAUUUGUUGUCCUUAAAGCAGACCUCACGAGCCAUGAACGCGGCGGUGAGCACCUUUGUGAUCCCCACUCCAGUUGAGGGCGUGGCCCAUCCCAUGGCUUCUAUCCAACUGGAAUACAUGAAAAGAUUGGGCUGUGGUUCUUCCAAUCAUGGCCACGAGUUUGCUCUGGUCUCCAAAGCCAAUGACGACUCCCCCGUGCACCCACCCUGCAAGAUCAGUCUCGCCAUGAAGAAAGCCUUGGAGUGCAUCCUAGGAUUCGACCAGCGUUUGCGAACACCCACGGCUUUCUUCAGCAUUGACGACCUUCUUGGCCCGCCAAAUCAAGAGGACACCGUUUAUCCUUUGGUCUGGUUUUCGAGGUGUGGAAGCGUCAUGCGAAGGGCCAGUGAACCCUUCCCGGACAGUUCGCUAUUGUACCAUGACCACCACCCGCUCCCUGUGCCUGAUGAAGCCAUUCGCGUCGGCAGCGACAAACUGCUGGCCCUAAUCCACGGACAACUCCUCUAUUUGGACUUGAAGAAUGAUCGGCUGGUUUGGCACAAGCACCAAGUGAGAUGGUCCAAGAUGUUUGGCCUCAACGUACGGAGCCAGCAGACCUACAGCUUCUGCCUAAGGCACAUCGACAUGGCUUCUCGAUAUGGCAACUUCGUGAAGCUGUACCAAGAAGACCUUUUGGCAGGAACUAACCAUCGACAUGGGAGUGUCGCGCACAACUGGACGGGGGUGAGUGUGCAUAUCUACACCAAUUGGGAUGCCCCGGAAUCGGCCACGGAUCACGCUCUCCAAAGGGGCGUCCGGAUCGAGACGCCGGCCUCCAAGUUUCAGAAUGCCGUGCGCACCUUGGAAUUCGAGUUGGAAGACAUUCGGACCAUGUGGUUGGAUACAGUGGAUGAUGAUGGUGAUGAUGAUGAUGGCCAAGAGGAAGUGCUCCACAUUCUGGUGCACCGCCAUUUUGGGCGGAAAUAUCGCUGGUUUACCUUAUCCAUGACAGAACCCGCUCCCAAGUUGCGUCUCAUGCUCACGGUGACUUCAGACAUUAAGCACGUCCUUUCAGAGGCACCAAAGCCGGUGCCUACAGUGGUGUGGAAUUUCUGCCACGUGGAGAAGAAGAUGAAAUGCAUUAUUCCCAACUUUGAGCGUGAUUUCGGUCCACAAGCCCUGUUUACUGCCCGUCAAUCCAGGUUUCAAGAGCCGCCCCCGUUUGAGAAAUGGCUUUCUCAGUCCUGGGCCAAACGAGAUCCCAUUCUUCAACGUAAUGUGUACCGUUUGAUAUAUCCCUUUUUCCCCUAUCAAUCCUCCAGACCUGAAUAUAUGUCAUAAGUGAUGUGGUCAAUAAAUAGCCGACGAAAUCUUUUGUUCCUUAUUCUAUCCACGCGUCGUGAUUAGCUUGGCGAUUUUUUUUUUUUGGCUCUUUUCAAAGUGUUGGAAAUCAUCUCAUGUUGACGCCCCAGCAACCAAAGCUAUGAUGACUUUUUUUUUGCCAAAAACAUGUUAUCCAUUUGUGGAAACUCAGCAAUGCCGAAGUCUUCUGAAAAACGCUACUCUUGUUCAGGCAUGCCGGUAUUAAUGUUUUGAAGCAUAUUGAAGCGAUAUAUUGAUCAA